GGAACAGGGAGGACAGACGAACCCAGGCUUGGCUCUCGCUUAUCUCCAUCGCGAUUGAUUUAUUUUCGUCGACAGUGAAAAUGAGCUCGUGCGUGCACGUCAUGUUAUACCUGGCAGUUCUGGUGGCGAUCGCCGCCUGCAGCGCUCCCCCGGUACCGUUAGACGACAUUCUCAUUGAGAAAACUUUCGUGCCGGAGAAGUGCGUGCGCGCAGUCAAGGUGGGCGACUACGUGAGGUACCACUACAACGGCGUUUUCCCGGACGGCAAGAAGUUCGACUCUAGUUACGACCGUGGAAGCACCUACAACGUGUUUGUUGGCAAGAAGCAGCUGAUCGCAGGGAUGGACAAAGCUCUGGUGGGGAUGUGUGUCAACGAGAGACGACUGGUGAAGAUUCCACCACACCUCGCCUACGGGAAGCAGGGAUACGGUGACAUCAUCCCCGCUGACUCCAUCCUCCACUUUGACGUGCUGCUGCUGGACGUGUGGAACCCAGAGGACGCCGUGCAGAUCGACACGUACCACACGCCCUCCAGCUGCUCCAGGAAGGUGGAGGUGUCUGACUACGUGCGCUACCACUACAAUGGCACGCUGCUGGACGGGACCCUCUUUGAUUCCAGUCACACCCGCAUGCGCACGUAUGACACCUACGUCGGGAUUGGCUGGCUGAUUGCUGGCAUGGACCAGGGGCUCCUGGGCAUGUGUGUCGGAGAGAGACGCAUAGUCACUAUGCCUCCCUCUCUUGGAUAUGGAGAGAAUGGAGAUGGAAGCGACAUCCCGGGUCAGGCGUCUCUGGUGUUCGAUGUCAUUCUCCUGGACCUGCACAACCCCAGGGACGGCAUCGCAGUGACCAAUCAGAAGGUGCCCGAGUCCUGCACGAGGAAGUCCGUCUCCGGAGACUUUGUGCGCUACCACUACAACGGCAGCCUCCUCGACGGGACCUUUUUUGACUCCAGCUACUCACGUAAUCGCACCUACGACACCUACGUGGGCAAAGGCUACGUGAUCGCUGGCAUGGACGAGGGUCUGAUUGGAAUCUGUGUCGGAGAGAAGCGCACCAUCACCAUCCCCCCACAUCUCGGCUAUGGAGAAGAAGGCACAGGCACUAAGAUCCCUGGAUCAGCGGUGCUGGUGUUUGACAUUGACAUCAUCGACUUCCACAACCCGACAGACAACACUGAAAUCACUGUGAUUCACAAGCCAGGAGAGUGCGACAAGCAAACGAAGAAGGGAGACUUCGUCAAAUAUCACUACAACGCCACCAUGAUGGACGGCACAUCCAUCGACUCCACAUAUAACUAUGGAAAGACAUACAACAUCGUCCUGGGAGCUAACCAGGUGGUGCCGGGGAUGGAGGACGGACUAAUGGAGAUGUGUGUGGGAGAGAAGAGGCACCUGGUUAUUCCUCCUCACCUGGGCUAUGGGGAGAGAGGAGUCCCUGAUGAGGUCCCAGGGAGCGCUGUGCUACUGUUUGACAUUGAGCUGGUAGAGAUGGAGGAGGGACUUCCUGAAGGCUACAUGUUUAUCUGGAAUGACGAUGUGUCCCCUGACCUCUUCGCUGAGAUGGACAAAGACUUGAACAAGCAGGUGGAGCCCGCUGAGUUCACUGAUUACAUCAUGCAGCAGGUGAACGAGGGCAAAGGCCGCCUGGCACCCGGCUUUGAUCCCUAUCGCAUCAUCGACAACAUGUUUUCCAACCAGGACCGUGACGGAGACGGAACCAUCACAGAGGCAGAGUUCAAACUUAAAGCAGAUGAAGCGACUACCCACGACGAGCUAUGACGGGACUGAGUGUAAAGACUCAGCUCAGGGUGAAGGGGUGAGGGGUCAGACGGUUGGGGGAAUGUGGGUCAUACAGUAAAAAAAAAGAUGGGGUUUUAUAUGUAAAUUAAGUAAGUGCGGAGAGGGAAAAAAUGCUGAGAGAGAUUCUGUGUAUUUGUUUUGAGGACUGAGAUUGUGGUGUGUAGGAUUUGUCCUUUUAAGACGCUGACUUAGAGUCAGAUUCAAAUUACGAAAGAAAACGCCUUAUAAGAGGACUGUGAAGACAGUGAAUGACUUUUUUUAACUUCUUAUCCCCUCAACCUCUUACGGAGUUUAAGGCCCGACAGGUGAUGGUUUUUUAAAAUCAGUUUCAUAAACAUCUUGUACGCUCAAGAUAAUUUACAAAAAUCCCUAUGUGACUUCAGAUGCACUCUGUCCCAGUGAUGGAGAGAACUCAGCGAGAAUGUCAUAUAAUGAAAUUCUCUUGUAUAGAGAAAGGCAAUUGUCAUUAUCAGUAAUAAUUUGCUGCGCAUACCUUAACUUGUUCCCACAAGGUUUUUAUCUUGUGCGAUCAAGAUAUUUAUUGUGAGGGAACAACCUAAUAUUAUGUGCAAACAAGUUAUUUUCUUUCAUGCACAAGAUAUUUAUUGUGUGAGAACAAGUUAAUAUCUUGUGUGCACAAGAUACAAAAUAUCACCUGUGUGGAGUUAAGGGGCUCUGUAAGCUCUUGAUGUUUUGUUUUAAGGGUUUUUAUUUUGAAGGGUAUAAAAGCACUCCUGUGUGAGAGGACAAACCAAGGCCUCCACUAUCUCCACAUUCAACACUCCUUCUGUAACUGACUGUAACUGUUUUUAACCUUCUGUGGUUGUGCAGGAAACUUCUCUCAAAUAUAUUCCAGGACCAUCACUCACUGUAAGACUACCUAUUUAUAGGUGAAAAUAAGUGGCAAGUUAAAUCAGAGCUUUAAGUUAGAAUAAUUAGUUAUAUAUACAUAGUUUAUAGCCAAUGAUUUCCACUGUUACACCUAUAAUCAGUCAGGAUUCUGUGAGGGACAUUUCUGCCAGAUAGAAAAAUUGAGUUUAGUUGCGAAGUCAGUAUAAUAUAAAAAACAAAACAAAUCAUAAUCAUGUUUUCUUCACGAGGCCUUCUGUGUUUUCUGCUGUGAAAAUGAUCCUUGCAGGGGAUCGGUUGCCUCUCCGGUCUGUCACACAUUUACUGUUUUGUUUACAAUCUCUGGUUUUUGUCUUCGUCCUGAUGUCAAAUGUAAUGUAGGACUUUUGCGUAUCCAUGACUGAGUGAGUGACUGAGCGAGCGAGUGAGUGAGUGCGCGAGCGAGUGAUAGUUUUUGUUCUACUUUUCAUUCAGGAAUAACGCUGAGGCUGGAUUGUUUCAUCGUCAGCACAACUUUUAAUUUGAAUAAAUUACCUGACCUAAAAAAUA